UCCAAAAUUUUUAAUUUGCAUAUGUAAUACGAGGCGGGGUCCUCCGGUGAGGUCACGUGGCUACGAACCACUGAAGAACUCCCCGGCGCAGGGGUGCGGCUGGAGCUCCAGUGGCGCAAUCGGUUAGCGCGCGGUACUUAUAUGACAGUGCGAGCGGAGCAAUGCCGAGGUUGUGAGUUCGAUCCUCACCUGGAGCACUUUUUUCUCAUCAGUUUUUAUAAACUUAUACAUCUUAUAAACCAACAAAAACAUCUACAUCAGUUAGAUGAAUGAACGUUUCUAUCUUUUGAAUUAUUGGGCUCAAAAGACUCCCAGGGCGUUGGCGACGGUCCUUUGGGUGUUCUGUAUUGUAGGAAGGUGCCGUUUCCGUCCCAGCCACCAGGUGGGGGUAUCGUCUCUUAUUAAUGGAAUUCAGUGCAAAUAGUUUGACUUCUGUAGAGAUGUGGGUCCUUGGCAAACUGCAUAUGACUCUGCCUCCUCCGUAUUUCUCUGUCUUUUUAAUGCCUCCUUUACAGAUGAACAUAUUUAUCUGUCUUGGAGUUUUCAACCUCUGUUGAAAAGGAAAACUAUGUUUUUGAGUCGACUUGUUUUUUCAAUAAAUAUUGAACAUUCACUUAUGUGCCUGGCUUCCUUUAGCUAUGUGUAAUACAGCAGUGAACAAGUAGUCCCUGCCCCUGAGGACGCCACAUUCUAGUGGGGAGGCAGAUUGCUGUCAACAUAAGAAUUAAGUACAUUUUAAUGUUAGGUGGUGAUGAUAAAUGUCAUGGAAAAAGUCGAGCAAGGUAGGAAGGGUGGGGUAGUUGGAGGUGGGGUGUGGAUUGCAACAGCAGUGGUCAGGGAGGAUCUCACAGAGAAGGCAACUUUUGAGCAGAGACCUGAAGGAGGGGAGUGAGCCAUGGGGACUCCAGGGGAGUGUUCAGGCAGAGGGAACAGCUAGUGCAAAGCUCCUAUGGAUGAAGCAGACCAGACUUGGUAGAGCAGCUAGGAGGCCAGUGUGGCUGGUAAGCGAUGGGCACCAGACUGUGUGGGCUGUGGGGAGGACUUAGGACUUUGACUUUUAUGUGAUCUGACUCAGGUCUCAUAACAGGCUUCCUUUGGUUGUCUCGUGGGGGAGUGGGAAAAGGAGAGACUGAAGGCAGGGGCUAGAGCAGAGACUGGGGCUGGGGCUGCUAUGAAGAUGCAAAUGGCAGACGAUGUUGGCUAGGACCAGGGCGGGGGUCAUGGUAGGGGCAGGUGGAUUGUGGAUCUAUUUUGCAGGUGGAUCAGACAGGAUUGCUGUUGGCCUGGGGUGUGGAUUUGAGAGCAAGGUGUCAAGGGAUAUUCCUGGGUGUCUGGCUUAAGCCCUGGUAGAUGGUGAGAGGUGCCGUUUUCUUACAUGAGGGAUUUUUUGGGGAAGGGGCAGAGAAUCAGAUCUGGCUAAAGGAAGGACCAGAGAUGUUGUUCUUUCAGUCUCCAAGGCUCUGUUUCUGCAAAUGUCUCUUCACUGCUUGCUCUUGGUCUCUGCCCCUCUGCUGCCUUUGCAUCUCACGGGUUCUGACUCCCUCUGCUGCCUUUGCAUCUCACGGGUUCUGACUCCCUCUCGCCUGAUCCUCUUCUAUUUAUUAGGGCCUGAGCUCUUUCCCACAAGGGAAGCAGUUUCCUGGAAGAGGAGACCAAAGGUCAGUGAGCAAGGGGAGAGGGCCAAGGAGGCCUGAGAGCAGGAGGGAGGCUUGAGGAGGGUAGAGAGGAGAGGAGGGAAAGGGGCUGUAGAGGGAGAGAGAAGAGGAGGAGGAGGAGGAGGAGGAGUAAGGCUCGGGGGAGGACGGGAAGAGGACAAUGGGGAGUGGGAGGGCAAGGAAAGGGUGGAGAGGGAAGGAAGGACGGGAAAAAGGGAGAGAAGGGAGACGGGAAGGAGGAGAAAGGGGGUAAGAGACAGCAGGAUGGGGACGCUGGAAGUAGGGGGAGAGGAGUAAUGAGGGAGGAGACAAAUUGGAGGGGGGAGAGAAGAACAGAAGGCAAAGGGUGUAGGGCGGGGCAGGAGGUGCAGAGGAGGAAGUGAAAAAGAGGAGGAAGGGUGAGGGUAGGGAAAGGAGAGAAGAGGGAAGUGAGAGGGAGGAGGGAGGAGUGCGGGGCAAGGAGAAAGAAGAGGGGUCGCAGGGGGCGAAGGCUGGGCGGCAGGGCCGAGCCGCAGGCGCUGACGCAGGGCGGCUUCCGGGCGUAGGGCCCCGGGGUUGGUCCCGACACCGCUGGCCUUGUAUGGUCUGAAGACGCGGCUCCCCCGGGGCCCCUCCUAGACGCGCGGCCCCUACCCACACGCCCUGGCCUCGCGGGGCCGACCCUGGUUGGUGUCCGAGGCCUCGGGCUUCCAAGGUUCGGAAAUGCCAAGACCCGGUAAUUCCCGGGCUCCGGGGUCCCGGGUGGCCAGAAAUCUGCAACUCCGAGCCACCAGGGGUCUAGAGUCUAAAGCGCUAGGGGACGCAACCUGAGACUCCGAAAUGUUGAGAUCCUAGCCUCUUGAGACCCUAAAACCCGCUUCCCCAACAUCCAGAAGGUGUCGAAGCCCCCCCGGAACCCCUAGUCCCGAAACGGGUUCCGCUACCCCAGGCUGCCCCGCCCGGGGCCCGCCCCCGCUCGCUCUGGGCGCGCGCCCCAGCACAUUCCGUCCUCCCCACCCGGCCCCUCCCGCCUCCCGCGGCCCCGUGGGGACGGAAACAUCCCGUCCCCGACCGCACCCGCCCGAGAGCUGGGUCAAGGAGCCCGGCAGGACGGGAGCGCGGCGCCCCCAACGCCCGGGAACUGGCUCCCCCGGUUCCCAUCUGGUGACUUCACCUGGUACCACCCUUUCAGGUGAACUGCCAGGCCCGGUGACGUCACUUCCUGCCAGGGUCCAGACUGAGAUAUCUUUUCACCAAUCACAGAAGCACCUCUCUCCCUCGCUCCGCCCUUCACCCAGACGCUCGCCAAUCCGUGUGUGGUUCCGAUCCGGACUUCAUUUCCCCGAAGGCGUCGCGGCCUGAGGAGACCCGUUGGGUCCUCAGCGUCUUGGCGGCAGUUGGUGGAACCGGAGCUUCGAGUCCGUCCCCGGUGCUGCCUGCGCGUUCACCUGAGUCUCGCUGGAGCUCUUCUCGCCCGCCCACCUCAUCUCAACCCACUUUCCGCGGGGAGCGGCACCAAGCUGGGCCUUCCUCGGAUCAGGCGUCCCCUGAAGUCGCCACGCCCCUCUGCGUCCCCCUUCGGUCCCGCUAGGACCCCGUCCGGGCUGCCGUCGCCUCGUCGCUAUGGCGCCCACCAUCCAGACCCAGGCCCAGCGGGAGGAUGGCCACAGGCCCAAUUCCCACCGGACUCUGCCUGAGAGGUCUGGAGUGGUCUGCCGAGUCAAGUACUGCAAUAGCCUCCCUGAUAUCCCCUUCGACCCCAAGUUCAUCACCUACCCGUUCGACCAGAACAGGUUCGUCCAGUACAAAGCCACUUCCUUGGAGAAACAGCACAAACAUGACCUCCUGACUGAGCCAGACCUGGGGGUCACCAUCGAUCUCAUCAAUCCUGACACCUACCGCAUCGACCCCAAUGUUCUUCUAGAUCCAGCUGAUGAGAAACUUUUGGAAGAGGAGAUUCAGGCCCCCACCAGCUCCAAGAGAUCCCAGCAGCACGCGAAGGUGGUGCCAUGGAUGCGAAAGACAGAGUACAUCUCCACUGAGUUCAACCGUUAUGGCAUCUCCAAUGAGAAGCCUGAGGUCAAGAUUGGGGUUUCUGUGAAGCAGCAGUUUACCGAGGAAGAAAUAUACAAAGACAGGGACAGCCAGAUCACAGCCAUUGAGAAGACUUUUGAGGAUGCCCAGAAAUCAAUCUCCCAGCAUUACAGCAAACCCCGAGUCACACCGGUGGAGGUCAUGCCUGUUUUCCCAGACUUUAAGAUGUGGAUCAAUCCAUGUGCUCAGGUGAUCUUUGACUCAGACCCAGCCCCCAAGGACACGAGUGGCGCAGCUGCGUUGGAGAUGAUGUCUCAGGCCAUGAUUAGGGGCAUGAUGGAUGAGGAAGGGAACCAGUUUGUGGCCUAUUUCCUGCCUGUAGAAGAGACGUUGAAGAAACGAAAGCGGGACCAGGAGGAGGAGAUGGACUAUGCACCAGAUGAUGUGUAUGACUACAAAAUUGCUCGGGAGUACAACUGGAAUGUGAAGAACAAAGCUAGCAAGGGCUAUGAGGAAAACUACUUCUUCAUCUUCCGAGAGGGUGACGGGGUUUACUACAACGAGUUGGAAACCAGGGUCCGCCUUAGUAAGCGCCGGGCCAAGGCUGGGGUUCAGUCAGGCACCAACGCCCUGCUUGUGGUCAAACAUCGGGACAUGAAUGAGAAGGAAUUGGAAGCUCAGGAGGCACGGAAGGCCCAGCUAGAAAACCACGAACCGGAGGAGGAAGAAGAAGAGGAGAUGGAGACAGAAGAGAAAGAAGCUGGGGGCUCAGAUGAGGAGCAGGAGAAGGGCAGCAGCAGUGAGAAGGAGGGCAGUGAAGAUGAGCGCUCAGGCAGUGAGAGUGAACGGGAGGAAGGUGACAGGGACGAGGCCAGUGACAAGAGUGGCAGUGGUGAGGACGAGAGCAGCGAGGAUGAGGCCCGGGCUGCCCGUGACAAAGAGGAGAUCUUUGGCAGUGAUGCUGAUUCUGAGGACGAUGCCGACUCUGAUGAUGAGGACAGAGGACAGGCCCAAGGUGGCAGUGACAAUGAUUCGGACAGCGGCAGCAAUGGGGGUGGCCAGCGGAGCCGGAGCCACAGCCGCAGCCGCAGCGCCAGUCCCUUCCCCAGUGGCAGCGAGCACUCGGCCCAGGAGGAUGGCAGUGAAGCUGCAGCUUCUGAUUCCAGUGAAGCUGAUAGUGACAGUGACUGAGUCCCAAGGCAUUCAGGGCUGCUUCAGACACCAUUAUUGUGAGCAGGAAGGCACUUUUCUAGUGGUCUGUUUGUGAGCCUUUCACUUGUUUGUUCCCCACCCCCAAACAUUUGCUGUUAAUAAAGUCAACUUCUCUUUA